GUUGUGGACUGACCAAUCAGAAACAAGACUCCGGGACAUUCAACACAGCUAGAGAGCGUCCUGUGUGUUUUGUAUUUGAGUUAUUACUAUUUUUAAUAAACUGGACGCCGGUUAUAAUGGUGGUUGAUGGUCCGGUGUGGAGGCGGGUCCAGUCUUUUACCGGUCCCAUCCCUCGGGCCAGGCACGGGCACCGGGCGGCGGCUAUCCGGGAGCUGAUCGUGGUGUUCGGGGGUGGAAAUGAAGGAAUAGCGGAGGAGCUGCAUGUUUAUAACACAGUUUCCAAGCAGUGGUUUCUGCCUGCGGUUAGAGGGGAUAUUCCCCCCGGCUGUGCUGCUCAUGGUUUCGUCUGCGAGGGCACACGGAUCCUGGUGUUUGGAGGAAUGGUGGAGUUUGGCAAAUACACUAGCAGUCUGUAUGAGCUGCAGGCCAGUCGUUGGCUGUGGAAGAAGCUGAAGCCCCGCUCGCCAAGGAAUGCCCCGCCCCCCUGUCCUCGCCUCGGACACAGCUUUACUCUUCAUGGUAACAAGUGCUACUUAUUUGGUGGACUGGCCAACGACAGUGAGGACCCGAAUGGCAAUGUUCCCCGGUACCUAGAUGAUUUUUAUGAGCUGGAACUGCAGGCACAGUCAGGAGUGAAAGGCUGGAGUGUCCCUGAAACAAGAGGCAGGGGUCCCUCUGCCAGGGAGUCCCACACAUGUGUGGCGUAUGGGGGAAAGGGUGGGGGCUCUCCAAAGCUUUACAUUUUUGGUGGCAUGUGUGGGAAAAGACUCUCAGAUCUGUGGCAGCUGGAUAUUGAAACCAUGACCUGGUCGAUACCUCAAGCUACAGGACCAUGUCCACUACCCAGGAGCCUGCACUCUGCAAAUGUGAUUGGAAACCAGAUGUAUGUGUUUGGUGGCUGGGUUCCUGCUGAGGAGAGCGAGACUUCAGGAGUAGAGUGGAUGUGUACGAACUCGUUGUCCGUGCUGAACCUGGAUAAAAUGGCGUGGCGUAAUCUGAAUCCUGAGAGACGACAGCAGCAGCAGCAGCACUCGGGCACCGCUGUGCAGUCAGACGGAGAAGAGGAGGGCAGUAGAAACUGGCCGAAAGCUCGCGCCGGUCACUGUGCUGCAACCAUCGGCACACGGCUGUAUAUCUGGAGCGGGCGGGACGGCUACAGGAAGAGCUGGAGCUAUCAAGUCUGCUGCAAAGACCUGUGGUAUCUGGAAACAGAAAAACCAUCCACCCCAUCUGCAGUGUUCCUGGUCAAGUCCACUAUCAGUAUGCUGCAUGUAGCUUGGCGCCCCAUACCUACAGCUGAGUGCUACUUACUACAGUUACAGCCUGUCACUCCAUCUCUAGCCCCUCCCACCAGUACCUGCAGUUCACCUGCCCUGCCAGCUUCAUCAGCCGGUGAUGCUGUGGAGCAGCAUCCGUCUCUAUCUGUCCAGACAACUCGAGACAUAGAUGGAUGUGGUGGAAAGGAGAGCAUAUCAUUGCAGGAGAAGCCUGUGUCAGAAAAGGAACGAAACAAAGGAAACAUCAAUCCUAAACAAGACAAUCUACCCAUCCCUUCUCAACAGGUUGAGAGUUUUGAGGAAUCUGCCUGGCAUGAUGUGGGCAUAUUUAAAACACUUUUUUCAGAAGUGACGCAAUACUACCUACCAUCUGAUGGAGAUGGGAUCACUCCUUCUCUCUCCAGACGAAUCUCCAGCGAUGGCGAGUGGAAGAUGCCUGGGCCUCACAGUUUUAAAGAGCGGGAGAAGCAGGAGCUAGCUUCAGGAAUUUGCUACCGCUUUAGGGUGGCGGGUCUGAACAGCCGAGGUCAGGGAGACUUCAGUCCAGUUAGUGAAUUUAAAACCUGCCAGCCUGGUUUCCCUGGAGCGCCCUCUGCUGUGAAAAUCACCAAGGCUUCUGACUCGGUACACAUCACCUGGGAAUCACCAACUUCUCCCUCAGGCAAGAUUCAGGAGUAUUCCAUGUAUCUGGCGGUGAGGAAGUGUCGGGGCGGGGGUGUAGAGAAGCCAGAAGAGCUGACCUUUAUUCGUAUUUACCGCGGCAUCAAGACCUCCUGUAUCGUCAGUGCAGCACAUCUAGCCAACGCUCACAUCGACUGCACGGCUCGGCCUGCGGUCGUCUUCCGCAUCGCUGCCAAGAACGAGCAGGGCUACGGCCCGGCAACGCAGAUCCGCUGGUUACAAGAUAUAAGUAAACCAGUGAAGUCCUCAACAUCUCAAUCAGACUUCAGUUCUACAAGUAUCGAGGCUGGCGUCACUAAUAGCUUGUAAAAGAUGCAGAGGAGCUUUUCUCAAUCAGCUGUGAUGAAGAUGUUCAUAUUUGGAGUCGCAGCAUCUUAUUUUUUUAAGCUAUCAUACAAGCAAUACAUUUUAUACUUAACGUGUUUCCUUUAAUUGUAACUGCUGUAUAUGUAGUUUCUCUAACUUAUUUUUUUUAUUGAGUUUUAUUGUACAUAGCAUUAUGCAAUUUUAAUAAGUGCCCCCCCCCUUUUCUUGCUAAUUAAAAUAGGAAAGGGAGUCAUUAACACUGUUCUCAACCUCAUUCACCACCUUCUUGUAGCAAUGAAUAUAAAUCACCCUUAAAGUGCCUUACUGUGAACUACAGCUAUUUAGUCCUCUAUAGUGAAUUUGUGUGAGGGUGUGAGAUGUUUUCACAGCUAUAUUGUUAAGGGCAUGUUAACAAUAAGUGAAAUACAUUGCCACACAUGCUUAAUGGCUUAGUACUUAAAGUGUAAUUUAGAAUUUAGACUUUUAGUUUAGUGCAGUCACAAACUCAAAAUGAAAACCCUCAAGUGACAGUAUACCUUUCCAAACACAUGCACUGCCUUUUUGAUGUUUAGUUGAUUAACAGAAACACAUGAUUUUAGAAAUUUGGACACUUGAGCCAAUGUGUGUCCUGUGUUGUCCAGGGUUCAUAUAUUUUUUAACCAAUAAAUUUCCAAGAUUUUUU